GCGUCCCAGUUCCAGUGCGCUGUAUUUACCAGCAGGAGUAAUGAAACUGGGAGAGGGGCAUUUUCCGCAGCUUAUUGGUGAGACCGCAAAAGACUGCCCAGAGAGGACUGACACAAACUUUCGGACUGCGGGUUGAAGCGUCAGUUUAUCUGUUUUCGGUGGGUUUCCCAGGCCCCCAUUUUUUCUGUUUUCGAAACGUGACUUUGUCGCAGUUCGGUGGUAGUGAUUUACUGGGCAAUGGUGAAGAAGGAGGACAAAUUUUGCGUAAUUCACGCGUUUACCUGUGUUUUCCUUCUAAACUUCAACCCGGACAGGGAGUACUAACUUGAAUCCUCUAAAAGUGAAUUAAUCAGAGGGGCUUCCGCUGCCCUGCCAUUGCCACCUUCAAUAAUGUUGGGGCCAACACACAGCACCCGGCCCCAUUGCUUCUGACCCAGCAUGGAGCUCAAGGUAUGGGUGGAUGGAGUCCAGAGGGUUGUCUGUGGGGUCACUGAGGCAACCACCUGCCAGGAAGUGGUGAUUGCUCUGGCACAGGCCAUAGGCCGCACUGGGAGAUACACUCUGGUAGAAAAAUGGCGGGACACUGAGCGUCAUCUAGCCCCUCAUGAGAGCCCUGUGGCUUCUCUGAACACCUGGGGCCAGUAUGCUGGUGAUGUCCAGCUAAUCCUGCACCGCACAGGCCCUUCACUGACUGAAAGACCCCCUUCAGAAGGCCCCCCUCUUAGGGGGCCUGAACGCGGUCUGCAUCGACAGAGCCUCCCUCCACUUGCAAAGCUACGUCAUCCCAACGAUCGCUCCCUCCGCCGCCGCGAACCCCGCCGCAAGUCUCUCACAUUCACUGGUGCACCCAGAAGCCUUAGGGAGAUACUGAGCGGAGGCCGAAUUGGUGAAGCCGAAGCCAAACGAAGGCUUCUUCUAGGAAAUGGAGGGAGUAUUCACCAUGUGGGACCCACUAUUGGGACAGCAUCCCCCAGCCUUUGGGCCUGUCGCAUGGAAGAUCUGGUCAGACUGGUCGGUCUACAGAGAGAGACACUCAACGUGCUGGAAAAGAAACUUGAGGCCUAUGAAGCUGAGCUCCAAGCCUGGGCUGAAGGACGAGGUGGGCGAGGCGAAGGGUGUGCUGGGAACCCAGGUGUAGGAGGAUUAAUAGAAGAGAUCCUGAGGUUAGAGAAGCACCUGAAGAAGAAUGAAGUAGAGAUGGAAGAAGAGGAGUUUUGGGCCACUGAGCUACAAAUUGAGCUAGAGAGUGAGAGACAGCUGGAGGAAAGGCUGCAGGAGCUACGUGGGCGUCUGCAGAGCUGUGAACUGGAGAUUGAGGAAAAACUGGCAAUGGUACAGGGUGUAGAGGCAGGCCUGGAAGAAGAGAAGCUGCAGAGAGAGCGGCGGGAGACCCAGUGGGUCAGUGAGGCAGAGGCUCGGGCUCAGGUCCUUAGGGUUAAAACAGAAUUGAAGGCCCAAGAGAGACAGGCUGUCCAGCUGGAGAGCAGUUGCAAAGCCGUGGACAGGUCACUUGGACAAAGUAGCAAGAAAUUGCAGGACAUGCAGCACGAGCUGGAGCAGCUGACCAAGGAGCUGAGGCAGGUUAACCUGCAGCAGUUCAUCAAGCAGACUGGCACCAAGGUCACAGUGCUGCCGGCUGAACCAGCUGAGGAGGGAAGUGCCCACAAUAGUCCUGGUAUAGAUUUAGUUCCCCUGUCUGGCUCAUUAAAGCGCCCUGUGUCGACCCACCCGGGGCCCAGUCAUCUCCGGGUCCUUCACAGUCCUCUGAGCUCUGGUCUGAACCCAGAAGGGAUCUAUGUGUGAGACAGUUCUGCUGUGGAAACAACACAUCUUGCCCCCCUGUCAAGAGACAGUUUCACCCCAGAACUGUUUUGUAAGUUGAUAUCUUAGUACAGGAUGCCUCCGUAGCACACUACUAUGCACUGUUUUGUUUUCUUUUUUCAGUUAAGACAACCUUUAGUGUGAAGACGUAAUCUUUAAGUGGAAGGCAUGGAUUACUUGGUAGGAAUGAAAGAUGGUUAGAAGUUAUGGCAUGAUUUAAAUAAUGGUAACUGAACCAAUAAAUUACUAUGUAAAUGUCAGGCUUCUUGUUUUAAACACAUCCACCUAAUGUACUUUUACUCUCACUUAAGUACCUGCUGAAUGAUUUUUGUUUUCUUCAUAGCACGGUGAAUCAAAACUAUUGCCUUUGGAAUUUUGGUAUGUGAACCUAUGAACUGUAUCGCUUGAAAAUCUGUCAUUUCUCCAGCAUAAUGACUGAUUCUUAAAUAAGUGAAGGAGCUGCUUGUCUUUAAGGUAAAAUUGUGAACAAUCCAUCAUUUUGCAUAUCAGAAUCUAUUCCUGCGCUUUGUUUGUCCAAAUUAAAACUAUGCACAAAUUGUUUCCUUACUAUAGAUUGUUACAUUCUGUAUGCAACAAAAUGAUGGCUUACUCUAAAUAUGUUUUCUUACUUUUCAGCAUUAUUUAGUGGAUUAGUAUGUUUUAUUACCAAGCGGUGCAUUUACAGUUACACCAAUGCAGUCCCUCAUUCCUGCAGUAAUACCUGCACACUGAAACAGUGUUAUCCUUUUACACUGAUUUUGUUGUUGUUGUUUUUGUUUGGUUUUUGGGGGGGUGGGUGAAAUGGGAUGUUUUGUUUUGUGUAAUGUCCUCACAGUAUAUUUUUGCCAAAUGUAUUAUGCUUGUUUUUCUUGAGUAUCAUGUGGCCAAAGAUUAGCAGGUCUUGUUGCAUGAUUAUGUUGUCCAUAUAUGAAUGUGCAAAGCACCCAGACUCCACUUAAUCUGUUAGAUCUAAAAAUGGAGGCAUGUAGUAAUAGAUCGGAUAGUUCCAGCUAAGCUAGUGUGUCUAUUAGAGUCUGUUUGUAAGUAUGAGCGUCAGAAUUGCCAAGGUAUGAAGCCCUUAUUAAGUAGUAAAUCAAGUGUGUGCGUGUGCGUGUGUGCUUGCGGACACAAAGGUGUGAACCCCCUCUUAGGUUGUAGUCCAGCUGCUAAUUACAUCAAAGUGCCUUAUAUCAAUUCCACAGUGGGUGUAUUCAAAUAAUGUACAGUAAAUCUUUAGUGGGGCCAUUGAAGGAAUGAUCAUAGCCAGUUUAGACCAAAUGUGAGUAGUUAUUUGUGAGAGAAGCUAAAAUGGCACAGCAGCAAAGAGAAAUCUAUAUCUAUAAUAUUUUUUUCUUUUUAUUAAUGGAAAAUACAUUAGUUUUAAUGCUUUUGUUUUUUUUUCCCUAUAUUAUUGUCACCAUAACACUAUGUGCUGUAAAACAAAGUAACAUUAGUUAGAUAUUACUUGUCAAGCAGCACAUUUAUAUUGUAGUUUGGAUCAGUACUGUCACGUAGUUAUGGUCGUUGUUUACAGCUGCAUAUCUUCUAGAGAAGUAUAAGAUGUUGACUGUACAUAACCUGUUUUUUGUUGUUUUUCCCUGCCUUAAUAUACUGCAAAGUGUUGACAGAUGUAUGGCUGUAACAGGCUGCUGAUAUGACAUGGAUUGCAUGGUUCAAUAAAC